AUGUCGUCGAUCUGGAGCUUGAACGCCAGUCUCUCGAGUUCUCUUUCCAAGAUGGCCAAAGCGCCUGCUCUGUUGCGAGGAUCCAUCAAUCCGUCGGGACUCGUCACGCUCGAGCCCAUCACGUUGACUAGUUUGGCUUGGAAGAUAGCCAAAGAGAUCAGACAUCUAAAGUUCUUGGGCAACGUCUGGUCAAUUCUGGCCUGCUCCAACAGGAAGUCGGUCUGCAUGGAUGGGGGAAGACCCAAGUUCGAGGCCCAGAAUUGGUCGGCAAAGAACACGGCAAGCCAGGUCCUUGUUCUCCAUUUCUCGGCAUCGGGAAGAGCCACCUGCGUUCUGGAAAACUCGCUGAUGAAUUUUCCCCUGUGGAGACCUAACUGGAAAGACAAGUUCUUUGCCAGUCCAACAAAUCUGUACGAGCAAUCGUCCAGCACUUUCUGGUUGGGCAGUGGCCACGUCCCCAGAAUCAGGAGCGCCUGA